AUGGAUGCUCUGGAGCGCGUGGUAAAGCCUAAAACUAAGAGAGCAAAAAGAUUUCUUGAGAAGAGAGAACCCAAACUUAAAGAAAAUACAAAAAAUGCUAUGCUUAUAAAAGGUGGAAAUGCAAACUUAACAGUGACAGAAGUGCUUAAAGACAUUUAUGCUGUGAAGAAACCUUUUGCUGUACUGUAUAAAAAGAAAAAUAUUACCAGGCCUUUUGAGGAUCAAACAUCAUUGGAGUUUUUUUCCAAGAAAUCAGACUGUUCCCUGUUUCUUUUUGGCUCUCAUAACAAGAAGCGACCCAACAACUUGAUAAUAGGUCGCAUGUUUGACUAUCGUGUCCUGGACAUGAUUGAGCUAGGCAUUGAGAAGUUUGUAUCCCUAAAAGAUGUCAAGAACAGUAAAUGUCCUGAAGGAACAAAACCUAUGUUGAUAUUUGCUGGUGACGUGUUUGAUGUAAAUGAAGAAUACAGAAGACUGAAGAGCCUUCUUAUUGAUUUCUUCAGAGGUCCUACUGUGCCCAGUAUUCGUUUGGCUGGUUUGGAGUAUGUUCUGCACUUCACAGCUGCAGAUGGCAAAAUUUACAUGCGAAGCUAUAAAGUGCUACUGAAGAAGUCUGGCUGUAAAAUACCCAGAAUUGAACUGGAAGAGAUGGGACCUUCACUAGAUCUGGUUAUGAGGAGGACACAUUUAGCCUCAGAUGACCUUUAUAAGCUGUCUUUAAAACAACCAAAAGCCCUGAAGCCUAAGAAGAAAAAGAAUAUCUCCCAUGAUGUGUUUGGUACAACUUAUGGUCGAAUCCACAUGCAGAAACAAGAUCUUAGUAAACUGCAGACACGGAAGAUGAAAGGGUUAAGAAAGAGGCCAGCAGGGAAGUCAGCUGAAGAUGGUGGCGUUAGUCCCAAAAAGUCAAAAUCAGCUUGAUAGUUCUGGAACAGCUUUGGAAACUCCUUGUACCUUCAAGUUUAGUAUGCAUUGUAAUAUAAAUUGUCAGACAUAAGACUGAGCUACUCUUAGAUUUAGUUUCAUAAGAAAGAUAUUUUUAAUGGUUUAUCAUUUUAAAGGGAACUUUGGGGUAUGGAGCUUUAACAUGGAACUUGGUUAUUUAAAAUAAAAAAUGUGAUAUAACUUGCUUAGUUUUCCAAA